CAGACGUCACAGCCUGCCGUUGGUCCAGUUCAGUUCAGAUCAGAUCAGAUGAGCCGUUGGUUCUCUCCCUUUAGGUAGUUAGGCUAUAAAUUAAACUAAACUCGGACCUGAAGACACUUUAACCCGGGACAUCCCGUCCCAGCUCACACUCCUGAACCGGGACACUUUGUUUUAUUUCAACUUAACCCGAAAUAAACAGCAUAUAGCCGGGGCAAAGGGAGGGAGAGCCGAGCCGCCGCAGCCGUUAACGUAACUAACGUCCGUGACGUCAGUCCGCCCGUCCGCCCUGGCUGCUGCUUCUGCUGCUCCGCUCGUUUGGUCUGGAGGGUCCUGAUCGGUGUUUACGGGGUGAUCGAUCGGUCCUAUCGGAGCCUGAUCUGAUCGAGGGCUAAGAUAAAGUGUGUGAUGAUGGAGAAGAAGAAGACGAUGGACUGCCCAGCUCUGCCGCCCGGAUGGAAGAAGGAAGAAGUGAUCAGGAAGUCCGGACUGAGCGCCGGGAAGAGCGACGUCUACUACUACAGUCCUUCAGGGAAGAAGUUCAGGAGUAAGCCUCAGUUGUCCCGUUACCUUGGAAACACAGUGGAUCUGGGAUGUUUCGACUUCCGGACGGGGAAGAUAAUGCCCGGAAAACUGCACAAGAACAAACAGAGAUUCCGACAUGACCCGCUCAGCUCGACCAAGGGAGGUAAACCGGACCUGAACACAUCCCUGCCAAUCAGACAGACGGCGUCCAUCUUUAAACAGCCCGUUACCAAGGUUACGAGUCACCCCGGCAACAAGGUGAAGGCAGACCUGCAGAGAGCUAGCGAGCAGCCCAGACAGCUCUUUUGGGAGAGGAGGUUGAAAGGUCUGCGGCCAUCAGACGUCACGGAAGAAGUCCUGCGGUCCAUGGACCUGCCCAAAGGCCUGCAGAGCGUCGGUCCGGACUCCAGCGAUGACACUCUGCUGUCGGCCAUCGCAAGCGCUCUGCACAUGAGCUCUGCUCCAAUAACAGGACAGUCGUCUGUGGCUGUCGAGAAGAACCCGGCCAUCUGGCUGAACACGUCCCAACCGCUCUGCAAGGCCUUCACCGUCACUGACGAACACAUCCGGGAGCAGGAGCUGAAAGUGAUCCAGGCCAGGAGAAGUCUGGAGGAGGCUCUGAUGGCCGACGGUUUGGCGCGGGCCGCCGAAAACACACGAGAGCUGCUGGAGGGGAAGACGGUCUGAAGACGGACAGAGUUUCUCUGUUCACCAGCCUCAGGUUUAUAAUCAUCAUCCUCUUAAUCCACACAACAAACCAAAAAAACAGACCACCCUCAGACUGAAACUCACCUGCACUGAUCUGUUGUCUCAGUGGGCGAUUGCUUCAACCUUCCCCGUUAAGGAAACCAUUUUCAGGAUCUAUCGACAUCUGGAAACUAAAAGGGAUUUUCCAGAGCAACAAUGGGAGCAACAACCACAGCAAUAGUGGCAUCAGGAAUAACAAAACCACCAGCAACACCAGCUACAGCUACAAUACGACAACACGACCGCGGCGGCAACAGAAACUGAUAGGAACGCGAGGAGCAACAGCAGCAAUAACUUGAGUAUUUACCAGCUCAAAGCAACAACCGAAGCCUUUAAUCCUCUCAGUGAUUUAUCAUCCGUACUAACUUCAACAAACGCUUACCUUACUGUCUCACUUUUCAAAUCCAGUUACUUUUAUUUCUUUUUUUUUUAUAUAUGAAGCAGAUAAAAAUGAUUUAAAAAAAAAAUGCUGAAGAGCAUUUUUGAGCCCUCAUCGAACCCAAAGUCAGAUUGCAAAACUGCUGGACGGCUCUUGCUAACUCUACUAACACUUAUUGUGCUCUUUGAUGAUUUGGGUUGUUUGUGGUGUCAUAUUGUCGUCAGUUUUUAAAGAAGUCUUCAGGGGUUUUUAAUUAUAUGAUGAGAAUUUACAUGAAUAUGAAAUUGAACAAUUGCUUAUUUAAGACAAGUUUUAUAUCUUGAGAGAACAUACGUGUACAUUUCCUGGACUGGAGUAAAUAAAUGAUUAUAUUCAC